AUGGCACAACCUAAGAUUCUGCUUUAUGCAGAAUUACUACCCAACAUUCGCCAGGUAUCGGUGAUGGCUGCUUUUGAUACACCCUCCGAUUCUACAACGGAAGCAGAAUUGUCUGCCGAUGGACGCCAGAUAAAUGUGAUCCACGAAGGGACCAAUCAUAUUCUGAAUCUUCCUGGUCAAGCUGUUGCCUCCACGAAGCUGCAGAAGCCCGUCAAUUCCAACAAAGAGCUUUCAUGGCGCCUGCCAGUGGUUGGCCUGCCAUCCAAUACAAGUGUUGAUAGGGGACAAAGCAGUGGAGCUCCUUGGUCUGCGAAGGAACUUGGACCAGAUUCAAGAUUCUCUUGUCGAGGAUGUGGUGCAGUCAUCGUGCCAGAAGGUGCUAUUGAAUCGUGGCGAGACCUUCCCAGUGAGAACUGGGCUGAGAUGAUGGAUUUCUGGCAUUGCCAUAAACCAGACACUGGUGCAGACGCUGGAAACUCCCAAGCGGGCCAUGAUCAGAACGCAAUCUCCAAUGCCAACAGGGCAUACGGAGCCAAUACAAAAUUUAUUGCUCAAUCUGGAGUUGGUUUCAUAGACGUCGCGAGUUUUCUCUUGGAUGAAUCAGAUUGUCAGAAUCUACAGACAAGCUCCCAAGAGGAAUAUCCAGAACGACCACAGACAAUCUCGUGUAAAUCCUGCAAGGUUUCCAUUGGAGACGUGGACAUACAGGCAAAUGGUGUCAGAUUGCAUAAAUGGCGAUUAUCCUCGACCAGCACCUCCAUUUCAUCUUCACUAAACAGUCCAGCAAUUUCAGUCUUCAUAUCAGCAAAGCUAGUAUCAAUUUUACAAGCACAAUGCUCGUCCAAAGCACUCUUAAUCCCAGAAAGUCCGUCGUCUACUGGAUCAUUACAUCUCUGGAUUCUACAACAAUCGCUCUUCUACUCAUCAUCAAUAUCAGGGACAGGAUCUAGGACCUUCGCCAUGAAAGUGCUAUGGAAACUAAUCACUGAUGUAGAGUCAUUAGCGUUGAUAGAUAGUGGGAAGGCGGAGGACGUCAAGCUGCCCGCUGAUGCAGUGGCAGAGAUAGAGACGUGUUUAAGGGAUAGUGCGAGGUUCUUGCCGCCCAGUGCGAGGAUGUUUCAGGGAUGGAAUGUGGGUCUGUUAGAGAGAUACCAGGAUGAGCAAUGA